AUGGGGUCUCUUCGUGUUCCUGCACCUACGCCGGUCUCUACAUCUACCCUCACCAACAGACGCAGCUUCCACAUGCCACUGUCUAGUCACGGCAUGCCCAAGGCAUCCCGCACUUUGUCACCGGAGCGACCUCACAGAUUCUCGGUCAUCGGUCUACCUAACUCACCAGCGGACUCAUCGCCAAUGACUCCUCUGUCACCAGGACCAACGUCACCGCCUAUGUCGGCAAACUCAUUUGGCACAUUCAUCGACUCAGCACCUUCCACACCAGCCUACUCGCCAAGACAAGAGGGCGGAGAAUGGGAUAACUCUCAAGUCACAAUACUUUGGUCGAUGUCUUCUUCGUCACUCCCUUCGAGCCCUACAGAGCCAGUAUGGGAGAUGAUGGCACCCGUCAAGCAGCCAGUCAACAUCGUUCCAGCAACAGAGGACCGCACCCUCGCUAGGCCGGAGCUGCCGACUGCAUCAUCGACCCCCCUGGCACUAUCAAGACCAGACAUUCUUCGCAACGAAGCGGAGAUACAGGCAAAGAAGCUCGUUGAAGAAGAGGAAGCGACAGCGAGGUUACAAGACGCAACUGAUAAGGUCCAGCCAUCGCUGAGUCCAAAGACGGAAAUAGCGCCUCUUGGCAAACUUGCGACGAGGAUGAAGUCGCUGCUACGACGAAGUACGAGCGAGAAGAAGAAAGAUAAGAAAAGCAGGUCGCAGCAGGAGUACGAUCGCUUAGGUGAUACUCACUGGUCGGAGAUGUGA